AUGACACCAAAAGGGCUUGCUUUUGGUCUGCUGCUGCUGCUGCUGUUUGGCGUGAUGUGUCACGUCCAGCUGGCUCAAGCAGCCGAUGCGUGUGGCACUGGCGGCGUGUGCUUCUGCGGGGGAUCCACUGUCAAUUGCCAAAGCAGAAAUCUCACUGAGAUUCCAAGCGCAAUCCCAGUUGGCACCACGAGCCUGAGUCUAUAUGACAACCAAAUCACCAGCCUUCCCGCCUCUGCUUUCACAGGCCUGACUCUGUUGAGUGGCCUGUAUUUGCAAAACAACCAGAUUACUGCCGUUCCCGCCUCUACCUUCACGGGCCUGACUACCCUGAAACGAUUAUAUCUGCUAAACAACCAGAUCACCAGCAUUCCCGAAAACGCAUUCACAGACCUCACUGCACUGAUUAACCUGGAGCUGUCCACCAACCAGAUUACUGCCAUUCCCGCCUCGACCUUCACAAACUUGACUGCCCUGAAAACCUUGAGCCUGAAUAACAACCAAAUCACCCUCCUGGCAGCCAACGCAUUCACAGGCCUAACCGCCCUGACCGAAUUGUAUCUUUACAGCAACGCGAUCAGCAGCAUUUCUGCAAACGCGUUCACGGGCCUGAUUGCACUGACCACGUUGCACCUACAGAUGAACCAAAUAACCAGCAUUCCUGGGAACACAUUCACAAGCUUGACUGCGCUGGCUUUUCUUGCUCUAAGCGACAACCGCAUCACCAGCAUUUUUGCCGACGCAUUCACAGGCCUGACUGAACUAACCUUACUAGCUCUAACCAACAACCAGAUCACCAGCAUUUCUGCCGCUGCACUCACAGGCAUGCCUGCACUGCUACAAUUGCGACUCGAUGGCAACCAGAUGACCAGCAUUUCUGCCUCUGCGCUUACAGGCCUGCCUGGACUGUCGCAAUUGCUACUCCAUGGCAACCAGAUGACCAGCAUUCCCGCUAACGCAUUCACAAGUCUCACGGCGCUGAUGUUCUUGACUUUGAGUGGCAAUCCCUUCACCACUUUGCCGCCCGGGCUGUUUAAGGGCCUGCCCAAUAACAUGGACUUGUCGUUUGACGGCCAAUUCUUCCAAUAUCUGAGCCCCAACAACUUUACCUUUGGUGGGAACACUGUCGCUCCGCCCAGCACAUACGGCAAUGCAUCCUACCCAUACCAGUGUGAUACAUUCUGUGCCACCUGCUAUGCCGCAGGGCCCGGGUCGUGUUGCGCGACCAACUGUCUGACAUGCACUUCAUCCACUGUGUGCACUCAGUGCUCUGAAGACUACGGCGUCAUGGAAGGGUCCUGCGUUCCCCUGUCCGUCAUUGCCUCCUCCGCUUCAGUCGCGUCCACGCAAUCUGCGUCGGUUGCGUCUCUCGUUUCCGCUACUUCGGCGCUCUCGGCAUCCUUUGCUUCCCUCGCUUCUGCGUCCUCGGCGUCAAUUGCCUCACAGAUGUCUGCAUCCGCCGCCAGUGCUUCAUCCGUCUGGCAGACUUCGGCUGCAUCUGCCGCGUCCAAUGCGCCAAAGGGUUCAAGUGACUCAGAUUCAUGGCCUAUUAUUCUCGGAGUGAUUCUUGGCCUGUUAGCUCUCAUUUUGUUGGUUGCGCUGGCUGUGGCUCUUCGGCGUCGUCGCUCUCCAGCCGCACUGGCAACCACUGCAUCGGCUACCAAACUACGCGAGCCAACAUCUAACUCAUCCGACCCGACCUACCAGACCGUCGGCACUGUGCUGAACGCUGUGAAUCCAGCCUACGACAUUCUGUCGGCCAAUCCGACCUAUGAAUCUGCGAAUCCAACCUACACCACUUUGUCUCAUACUGGCAACCACGCCUUGUACGAACACGUUGACACAAAGCCCCAGGCUCCUGCGUCGGAGCAGGUGUAUGCUGAGGCAUCCGUGUCUGCAUCCGGUGAAACGAAAGCCUCAGGCAGCAGCGGUGUCGAGUACGCCGAUCCCUCGCUGCCCAAUGCCUCGUCUGUCCGUGUGCCGCCCACGUCCACACCAACCUCUUACUAUGACUAUGGAAUGCGUGUGCAGUUACAACGCUUCAUACUGUAA